AUGCCAGCUGGGUCAGAUAAAAGUGGGGUUGUUUGUUAUCAGUGUCAGCAGCCUAGACAUUAUAAGUCCAAAUGUCCUAUGAACUCGUCUAGAGCUUGUUAUGGGUGUGGCCAGCAGGGCCAUCUGAUUCGGGAUUGUCCUAGUCGGGGAGCAGGCACUGGUAAUGGCAGAGGGUCACAACAGAGGCUAUCACAGUUAGUUACAAUUCAGUCAGGUUUCAAACCACCACCACCACAGCCUGCCAUAUCUUCUCAAGGUUCACGGCCAAUUAAGAGGAAUACCCCUACUAUGUUAGUGCAGCAGUCAAGUGUUCAGGUUGGUAGUUCUCAGGCACAGGCACCACAGGGACAUGUCUUUGCACUUACAUAG